AUUUCGGAUUGAUCCAGUGGGAAACAUCCUCAACUUCCUUAUGCAGCACCUCCUAUUAAACCACAGGAUGCACCCGGUUUCUCACUUGCACUUUGACCACCAUGGCGUCUGAAACUCCCUUCCAAAUCAAUGUCCCCGACGAGAAACUCACCACCCUCCGCGCUAAACUUGAACUUGCCACUUUUCCGGAUGAACUGGAGGACGCAGGGUGGAAGUAUGGCCCACCUGCGGCGGAUAUCAAGCGGCUCACUGAGAGGUGGAGAAACGACUACGACUGGCGCAAACAUGAAAAGGAAAUAAAUGAAGAGCUACCGAUGUUUACCCGCGAUAUUGACGUGGAUGGUUUCGGAGCGUUGAACAUUCACUAUGUUCACAAAAAGAGCGAAACUGUUGACGCCAUUCCGCUGUUGUUUUGCCAUGGAUGGCCUGGAAGCUUCUUGGAAGUCAGGAAGAUUUUGUCCCUCCUGACUGCAUCGGCCCCUGAACAUCCCAGCUUCCAUGUUGUAGCUCUUAGCUUGCCCGGUUUUGGCUUUUCGGAGGCUCCUCGCACACAAGGAUUUGCUAUCAAUCAAUAUGCUGAGGUAGCUCACAAACUCAUGCUCGCUCUCGGAUACAGCGAGUAUGUUACCCAGGGAGGUGACUGGGGUGGCCUCAUCACUCGAAGAAUGGCCUCUGUGUAUGGUGGGAGGCAUAUUAAGGCGUGGCACACUAACUUUCCAGUCACCGAACCACCAAGCUGGAAAUCGCCCCUGUCUUUCUUGUCGUUCUUGCUAACCCCUUGGUCUGCCGAGGAAAAGGCAGGUAUCGAGCGCACCACGUGGUUCCGCCACAAAGGACAAGGCUACUUCCAUCAACAGAGCACACAGCCGCAGACACUCGGUUACAGUCUCGCCGAUAGCCCUGUUGGUCUGCUUGCUUGGAUUUACGAGAAACUUGUUCUUUGGACCGACAAUUACAAUUGGUCUGAUGACGAAGUGUUGACGUGGAUCUCCAUAUACUGGUUCUCCCGUGCCGGGCCCGCUGCCUCCCUUCGCAUUUACUUUGAAUUGCGUGGCGAUUGUGAGGACUUAGGCCGACUCGGAAGCCCCAUUAUCCCUAUGGGAGCGUCGUUUUUCCCGAGGGAGCUCAUAGUUUUGCCCGCAGCGUGGCUGCGCAAAUUGAACAACGUUGUUUUCGAGUCCCAUCACAAGACAGGAGGUCAUUUUGCUUCCGUUGAAAUGCCCGAAGAACUUGUCCGGGAUGUACAAAACAUGUUCACGAAGGGAAGCCCUGCGUUCGCAAUUGUCCCUGGAAGAAGUGGAUAUGCUUGAACAAGCGGCAUGCGUAUGCGGAUGACGCACCGCGUUCGCCAUCUUUCAA